GCGCUGCUGCAAUUUGGAGGCAGGAUCCGAGACUCCCUCUAUAUGGACUCGCUGGCAGCCCCAGGCUCCCAGCGCCGCGCAGCGCCCGGCCGCCCAGGCCUGUGACCGCGCCCAGCACCGCCGAGACCGGCCGGGACACGCAGGCGUCCUGCAGGAUGGGCCGAACAGUCUAUGCUGUUGGUGCUCUUCUUCUUCUGCUUGGAGUUCUGUUACCCACAGGAGAGGGAAGAAAGAGGAACCGUGGAUCUCAAGGUGCCAUCCCUCCUCCUGAUAAGGAUCAGCCCAAUGAUUCAGAGCAAACACAGACACAGCAGCAAUCAGGUUCUAGGAACCGAGAGCGGGGAAAGGGCACAUCAGUGCCAGCUGAAGAGGUGCUGGAGUCUAGUCAGGAGGCAUUACAUGUCACUGAGCGAAAAUACCUAAAGCGGGAUUGGUGUAAAACUCAACCCCUCAAACAAACUAUCCAUGAAGAAGGCUGCAACAGUCGUACCAUUAUCAACAGAUUCUGCUAUGGCCAGUGCAAUUCUUUCUACAUCCCAAGGCAUGUCCACAAAGAGGAAGGUUCUUUCCAAUCCUGUUCCUUCUGCAAGCCUAAGAAAUUCACCGCUAUGACAGUUACACUCAAUUGCCCUGAACUUCAGCCCCCUAGAAAGAAGAAAAGGAUCACACGAGUCAAAGAGUGUCGGUGCAUAUCUAUAGAUUUGGACUGACUGAGCUAAAUAUUUCACCUGUGACACUCUAGGCUUAGGCAGGCGGUGCCAGUUUAAGAGUGAGUGGCAUAACUACCGUAUCUUCUGGGGUGGACGCAACGGAAAGGAACCAUAGUGAAUCACUUAAAACAUGGUUUAGGGGAGGGAAGAAAUGGGAGUGGGGAAGGAAAGGGUUUGUGAAUGUGUGAGAGAGAGGCAAAGUAAGUGACACUAUACAAAAGAAUAUGAAUGUUUGCAUUUUAAUUGAGGUGUGAAAUACCACUAAAAACUUACAAAUCCAGAGGUUCAAUAUUACACACAUGCAUUAGGAUUCUUAGUAGCACUCACACUCUCCCUGUUCACUGGGAAAAGUGCAGCUGUGGCUUUUGCAAAUGCUUCACUGGACACUACAGUAUUUACUUUCACUACAUUAAAAGAAGUAUCACACUGGGGGAAAUAAGAUCCCAAGUAUGAGUUUAUUCCUAAAGAAAAUAAAAAUAUAAUGUUAAAAGGGGUGCAGCCUGUGGUAAAACCUGACUGAAAAUAACAGUUGUACUAAUUUUAUCUGUGUCUUUUGUUAAGGAAAAAAAAAGUGGUUUUGACAGAAUGAGGGGGUAAGUAGGCCAGAAAAUGACAUAGACAGUGAGAAAACACAGUUACAGAGAGCUAGAAAGGACCAGGCUAAGAAUUAGUAGGUGCAAGGAAAAAAAGUAGAAGAGAAAGGAAAGUGACAGAACUUAAGAGAAAGAUGAAGGGGAAAGAAGAAACAUUUUUCUUCUGCUACUUCUUGCUUUAAUUUAUAGGUAUUUCCAUGUGUAUAUAUAAAAUAAAGAGAAAUUAUAAAUACGGCUGUAAAACACUUCUGAAUGCCAAUGACAUUCCAAAUCAAUCCUGAUCUAUUCUUAUGUCUCUAGACUCUCUUGAUUUAUUUAUGGUCUUGUAAUUCAGAUAACAGUUCUUUAUAUAUAUAUUUAUGUAUGUGUCUGUAAUUUGCUAGUAAUAUACAUCUCUCUCUCUCUCAAAAGUAUCUAGUUAUACACGUGGGUAUUUACACAUGUACACACACUGAGGGCUUCUAUUGUGUGUAUCUGCACUCUCACACAGAGAAAAUGUACAUAUCACAAAAAUCGCAGUAGACGGCACCAGGUACAAAAUGGCAGUAAUUUAGCACAUAAAGAGCAAAGCAAAAAUUAAAACAAGCAUCAUGUGACUGCAAAUGCAAUAACCACACAAGAGACAAAAGAAAUGACAUCCAUGACUAGUAAACAUUGCAUUGUUAUUGUUAUUUUAGCUCUGCCACAGGCAUGGAGUUUGUUGAAAAAGAGCUGCAGAGCCUUGCCAGCAGUAAUCCUCUUUUUAUAUCCUUUACCACAGACUUGCAUUUAAACAGGAUUUGGACUAAGUAAAGAGAAUUUCCUGACAAUUAAGGGCUAAAUGCUCCCCUCCUGUGGAAAAAGCCAUAAGGAUGGACCCAGUAACUCUUAAAACUCCACGUGUUCUACCUGUAGAGGUUAUCACUGCUUUUUUUCCCUUGGGGAAGAAGUUUAGGACAGGUCAGGGAACAUAGAACCCAACUCUGCAGUGGGUGCCUGGGGCAGUUGCUACAGCCAGGGGCAGCAGCAAUUUCUGGUUCCCACAAUAUGAGCAUGUGGCAGCUGUUUUGUUUCUGCACUUUCCACAACCAGUUGAUGCCUGGGGCAGCUACCUGGGUUGCCCUGCCGUAGCUGCACCACUGCCCUCAGGAGUUCAAAAAUGUCUUGCAAUAUUAUCCACACUGCUCCCAGGGCAGUUGUAGAGGUAGAUAGUUCCUUUGCACUGCUGCUUUAACUCCUGGCUCGUUCUGGAGCACUCACUUGUGUUGGUUUUGCAGGUGUGGAAGACAGCAUACCAAACUACAUGCCUGCCUCUUGGCUUUUGGAUGGAAAACAAAGCGCAUACCUCAGUUCUGAUCUAACAUCAAUUAAAGGUCAAUUUCUGCUCCCUCUGACUUCAUUGGAUCAGGAUUAGGCCCUAAAAUAGGAUUAAUUUCAGUAUCAGUGGGCGUGUCUACACAUUCUUUAAUGCGCUUUUGCUAAUGAGCGUUAAAUUUAGUACCUCCAGUGUGAGGUACUAGAAAAAGGCACAUUAGCCUAUUUUAAUGCACAUUAGCAAAAGCACACCGUUUUUGUGGUACUUUAACAUGCAUUAAGAUGUGCUAUAAUGUGCAUUAGCCUAUGUGUACAUGCAUCCAGUCCCUUCAUUUAGAUCUUGCUGGUACAUCACUAGUAUGAGCAAGAAGUUAAACACAAGAGGUUUCUAUAGUAGGACAUUGAUUACUCUUAGGAUACAGUCUGUGAUUUAGCUGUCUUUCCUCUUAGAAUCGUAGAAAAUGUACACUUGGGUCACAAUUGGCCAAUAUGUGUAUAACUAACUGCUUCUUCAUUCCUAGUGCCUCAUAACAGAGGAGAGUCUGAGACCUAAUGUCACACUGAUCCACAGUCCAAUGACCCCAAAUGUAUUUCUAUCUGAACCUUAACAAAGACAAUUCUGUUAUUAAUAUUGAUAUUUUUAUCCAAAAGGGAAAAUGCAUAGUGGCAUAUCAUACCAUGUGCAGUCUUUUUAUGUAAAAGCCACAGCUGUUACACAAUGGAUCAUGCAAUUAUUGGUCAUACAUAUCCUACAUUUCUUCAUUCAAUAGAUUUUUACUGUAAGAUCCACAACAAGGUCUCCGUCUGUAACAGUAAGAGAUUGCAAUUCAUUGAUUCAAAUUAUUGAAAUAUACAAAUUGCAUCUGGCAUCCUCCUACUUAGAAGUUCUGACACAUUUCUUCAUGGAUUUUAAAAACUAAAAUCUGGAAUUACAGAAGGUGAAUUUCCACUGUGUGGAAUGUGAAUAGUUAAACAGAAAGUUAUGGAUAUUUAAUGUUAUUAUUAAUACAAAGCCUUUUUCAUUGAUAUUAUAAGGGGGUUGUUUUCCUUUAAAUGAGUUUUUCUGAGUUGGUUUUAUAGGAGAAAAAGAAAAGCCAAUCUGAAACCUUGCUGAAGUUUUAUACAAGUUUUUGUUUCUGUUCAGUGAACAGACAUUCAGCUAAGUGUGAAAUCCUGGCCUACAAUGAAGUCAAUGACAUGAGUCCUGUUGACCUCUAUAAAGCCAAGAUUUUACCACAAGCUGUUCAGUCCCUACAAUCUGUGGAAAGUGAACAGAUAUUUUGGGCUCUUUUACUUAACAUUUUUGUAGAGGUUAACACUUUUUGCAGCAAAAUUUGUCAAGAAUUUAAAAUGUACAUAAUGGAACAGUGAGUUAUCUAUGCUUAAAUCACAAAGGAACCCCCCGUAGACAAGAAAGAAAAAUGUAAAUUUUAUACAAAGAACUUUUAUGAAUUGCUAGUUAUUGAUUGAAAGUCAAAAGUUCUGCUGACUUAUAAUUAUACCAAAUAUUUAAUAUCAGCCACAAUAUGUAUUUAAAUACCUGCUUUACUCCAAAAACAAUGGACUAUAUAACCUAAGGCUGCAGUAUUUUCAUGCUCUAUAUCACAAAGCAAAACUUAGUUUAAAAAUAAAGUUCUAAUUACUUUGUAACUGAACAGAAUUGAAGGGUUUUUUUUCUUCCCAGUAUUUUGUAUGUCAUUUUAACUACUAGUAACAAAUAAAACAUCUUCUCCA